GAGUGCUGAGCCCAGUGUGGCACCUCUGAGACUCUGCACCAUGCCCCCCAAGUUGCAGAGCAUUCUCCCAGCCCUGUACCUCCUGGGGGUCUUGACCCUACUGCUGUGCCCUUCAGGCCUGUGUGGUGUCUAAGAGCGCUGAACCCAGUGUGGCACCUCUGAGACUCUGCACCAUGCCCCCCAAGUUGCAGAGCAUUCUCCCAGCCCUGUACCUCCUGGGGGUCUUGACCCUACUGCUGUGCCCUUCAGGCCUGUGUGAUUGCAGGAUACCUCCUGGUAUUGCCCAUGGAUCCCAUCAUGACAUAAGUUCAUUUUUGUCCUUUACGACUGUGGUACACUAUGAAUGUGACGAAGGAUAUGUUCUGGUUGGAGACCCCCAAAUCACCUGCAGAAGUUCACAAUGGUCAUCUGCAGCCCCUCAGUGUAAAGCUCUGUGUCUGAAACCAGAGGUAGAAAAUGGGAAGCUGUCUGAGGAUAAAGAUCUGUUUGUUGAGUCUGAAAAUGUCACCAUCCGGUGUGACUCUGGCUACGGUGUGGUCAACUCUCAGAACAUCACCUGCUCUGCAAACAGAACCUGGUACCCUGAGGUGCCCAAGUGUGAGUGGGAAGUCCAUAAUGGCUGUGAGCAGGUGGUAGAAGGCAGCAAACUCAUGCAGUGUCUCCCAAGCCCCACGGAUGUGAAAAUGGCCCUGGAGGUGUACAAACUGUCUCUGGAGAUUAAACGACUCAAGCAAGAGUAAGACUUGAAGAGGAACACCCGUUAGAAAUCAGUACAACAUAAACCAAUGAGCAAAAACAGACCUAGA